GAGUAGAAAUCAACUAUGGCAACAACCGCACUCAUAUAUAUCUAGUAUCAUCUCUCCUCUGUUUUCAAUUAAAUUCCGCUGACAAGGCAUUUCCAUUUUUGGGCUAUAUAUUCAUUCACACAGCUCUUGCUUUCUAGUGCCCCACUUCAAACCAAGCUUUUCUGCGUACUAGCUAUAUCUGUGUCCUGUGGCUGUGAUACCCGCCCUUCGCCAACUUGCUAUAAUUACUCUCAUAUUCUUCGUUGCAAACGUAUGACCUCAAAUCACUGUGCUUUAUAACCUUCUUCCAUUUAAAUUGCUGAAAUCUCUCUUUUUAACAGCUUCCAUACUUUGAAAUAUCGCAUGUUACUAUAACCCGAUGAAUGCCUAUGAUCACGGAAUCGUCACAUAUCAGUGAAGUACACUAAAUUGGCACAUCCUAUAUUUUUUUUUCCUUUUACAGUGUUUUAACUUGAUACUCAAAACUGUUAUAUAUAUCCCACUAGAGUGCUAGUUUUCUCAACUUCUCAAAGCAAGGUUUAUAGUCUUUACAGCUUUGAAUCAUUUCACCCUUUUCCAUCUUUUCUCUGUUCUUUUUCUCCAUUUUCCAUGGCUCCUCCAAACGAUCCAGUGAAUUCCACCUUGGGACUAGAGUCAUUUGAAAAUGUUUUUGAUUUAUCUGAUGGGAGGUUUACAGUAAAAGGUGUGCCAUUACUCUCUGAGGUACCUAUGAAUGUCUCUUUCAGUUCCUUCUUCUCUGUCUGUCAACCCUCCGAAGCCCCACCUUCCCUCCUUCAGCGUGUCAUUGCUGUGUCUCACAAAGGUGGUUUCUUUGGGUUCUCUCAGAUGGAACCCUCCAAUAGGUUGAUGAACUCUUUGGGUAGCUUCAGUAGCAGGGACUUUGUUAGUAUCUUCAGGUUCAAAACAUGGUGGUCUACUCAGUGGGUGGGAAAUUCUGGUUCAGAUCUUCAAAUGGAAACCCAAUGGGUCCUCAUUGAAGUUCCUGAAAUCAAAUCCUAUGUCAUAAUCAUUCCCAUCAUUGAAGCAAGUUUUAGGUCUGCUCUUCACCCUGGCUCUGAUGGCCAUGUCAUGAUUUGUGCUGAGAGUGGUUCUUCCCAUACUAAAGCCUCAAAUUUUAAUUCAAUUGCCUACGUGCAUGUGUGUGAAAACCCUUACAACUUGAUGAGAGAGACUUAUAGUGCGCUUAGGGUUCACCUCAAUUCCUUCAGAUUGUUGGAAGAGAAAACGGUGCCAAAUCUUGUUGACAAAUUCGGUUGGUGCACUUGGGAUGCUUUCUAUUUAACGGUGAACCCUGUUGGAGUUUGGCAUGGACUUAAGGAUUUUGCAGAGGGUGGUGUGGCUCCAAGAUUUGUUAUCAUGGAUGAUGGGUGGCAAAGUAUCAAUCUUGAUGGUGAUGACCCCAAUGAGGAUGCUAAAAAUCUUGUUCUAGGUGGUGAACAAAUGACUGCAAGGCUUCAUAGACUUGAUGAAGGUGACAAGUUCAAAAAGUACAAAGCUGGACUCCUAUUGAGUCCUAAUGCUCCUUCUUUUAACCCAAAGACGGUUAAGGAGUUGAUUGCAAAAGGUAUUGAAGUUGAGCGUUUGGAAAAGCAACGUGAUGAAGUCAUACAAUCUGGGAGUUCCAAUUUGACCGAUAUUGAGUCAAAGAUCAUGCAGGUCAAAAAGGAAAUUGAUGAUCUCUUUGGGGGAGAGAAAAAAGAAAGCAAUGCUUCAAAAAAUGAAUGUGGAAGGUGUUGUUGCAAAGCACAGGAGUAUGGGAUUAAGGCUUUCACAAAGGACUUGCGGACUGAAUUCAAAGGUUUGGAUGAUGUUUAUGUGUGGCAUGCGCUUUGUGGCGCGUGGGGUGGUGUGAGGCCAGGGACUACACACCUAAAUUCCAAAAUUACCCCUUGCAAACUCUCCCCUGGUCUUGAUGGAACAAUGCCAGAUCUUGCUGUGGUUAACAUUGUGAAAGGGUCAAUUGGGCUUGUUCAUCCUAAUCAAGCUUAUGACUUGUACAACUCCAUGCACUCUUAUCUUUCACAAUCUGGUAUUACAGGAGUUAAAGUUGAUGUCAUUCAUAGUCUUGAAUAUGUGUGUGAAGAAUAUGGAGGCAGAGUCGAACUUGCAAAGGCUUAUUACGAUGGUUUGACGGACUCUAUUGUCAAGAAUUUCAAUGGAAAUGGAAUCAUUGCUAGCAUGCAGCAGUGUAAUGACUUUUUCUUCCUAGGAACGAAGCAAAUUUCAAUGGGAAGAGUUGGGGAUGACUUUUGGUUCCAAGAUCCCAAUGGGGACCCAAUGGGAGUCUUUUGGUUACAAGGUGUACACAUGAUUCACUGUUCCUACAACAGCUUGUGGAUGGGGCAGAUGAUUCAGCCCGACUGGGACAUGUUCCAAUCAGAUCACGUGUGUGCCAAAUUUCAUGCAGGUUCAAGGGCUAUUUGUGGUGGUCCUGUCUAUUUGAGUGACAAUGUUGGCUCUCAUGACUUUGAUCUGAUUAAGAAGCUUGUGUUCCCUGAUGGUACUGUACCCAAAUGCAUACAUUUUCCCCUUCCAACAAGAGACUGCCUUUUCAAGAACCCUCUUUUUGACCAAAAAACAGUUCUCAAAAUUUGGAACUUCAAUAAGUAUGGAGGAGUUAUUGGAGCUUUCAACUGUCAAGGGGCUGGUUGGGAUCCUAAGGUGCAGAAGAUCAGGGGUUUCCCUGAAUGCUACAAGCCAAUAUCUGGUACUGUACAUGUAACUGAGGUUGAAUGGGACCAAAAGAAAGAAGCAUCCCAUAUGGGUAAGGCAGAAGAGUAUGUAGUAUACCACAAUCAGGCUGAGAAACUUCAUUUGAUGACCCCAAAAUCUGAACCAAUUCAAUAUACCAUCCAACCUUCCACUUUUGAGCUCUACAGCUUUGUCCCAAUCACGAAUCUUGGGGGUGGUAGCAUCAAAUUUGCACCAAUUGGGCUGACAAACUUGUUCAACAGUGGAGGGGCAAUUCAAGAAUUGGAGUAUGUUGAGAGUGGUGCUAAGCUUAAGGUUAAAGGUUGUGGGAGUUUCCUCGCUUACUCAAGUGAAUCUCCAAAGAAGCUCCAAUUGAAUGGUUCUGAUGUUGCUUUUGAGUGGCUGCUUGAUGGCAAACUGACUCUCAACCUUGCUUGGAUUGAAGAAGCUGGAGGGGUUUCUGAUUUGGCAAUUUUCUUCUAGAUUUUAUCUUGUGGUUCUCACAUUGAUAGGCUUGAACUACGUUUUGAUGUGAUAACGAUUUUAUUGUCUAUUACUUGAUUUCUUUUUGUUUUUGAGUUUUAAACCAUACUCGUGUAAUUAAAUCUCUUUGUUCUUUACGUUAGUAUGUGUAUUUGUUGCUUACAUGCCAAGAAAAUGAAUCAAUUUAUGGCGUAACCUGUCUCCUUGUAAAUUAGAAAAUCAAAUUGAUCUCUUUAACCAU